AUGAAAUUUGGACUAAACAUUUCUGCCAAAAAGGCUAAACCCAUGUUCCAAGCCAAACGAUCUGCGUUUGGGCAGCAAGACGACAGUGAAAGUGAACACGAAGACAUUGAGUCAUCCGAUGCGCGAUCAAAGACCAAGAAAAAAGAACGCCAACAGGUCAAUCAGCAAUUGGCGAGCUUGAAAACAACCAAUAAAAAGAUCACAGAAGAACAUGCCAAGGCGCUGGAAGAAGACCCAAAUAUCUUUGACUACGAUGCGGUGUACGAUGAUCUCAAAGAAGUGGAGCGAAAAAAGAAGGAAACCCUCAAAGGCAAAGAGGAUAAACGGCCAAAAUAUAUCCAAGGACUGUUGGAAAUGGCCGAGAUCCGAAAACGCGAUCGAUUACUAGCAGAAGAGAAAAAGGUGGCCCGAGAGCGAGAAGCGGAAGGAGAAGAAUUUGCAGGACGAGAAGUCUUUAUGACCGAAGCAUUCAAGAAACACAAAGCAGAGUUGGAGCGAAUCGAAGCUGAGGAGAAAAAACGUGAAGAGGAAAUGGAGAAGAAUAAGACCAUGACAUCGUUUUACAAACGGAUGCUCGACAAAAAAGAAGCACUACACAAUGCACUUAUGGAUGAGAUGAAUAAGAAAGAAUCGUCAUCGGCUGAGAAGCAAAAGAAACUUGAACAAGGAGAAAAACAAUUGGAUGAAGAUCUCCAGUUACUGGAGCAAGCACGACGAGAAGGCAAAUCGGUGACGUUGAACGAUAACAACGAAAUUGUCGAUAAGCGUGAACUGCUAGGUGCAGGUUUAAAUGUUGCAAAACCCAAGUUUGGUUCGUUUGGUUCACUGGCUUCAUCGGACGAACGCAUCCGCGAGCGACAACUGGAAUACGAAGAGUAUAAGCGAAAGAAGGUGGCGGAAUAUGAAGCGCGACGACGACAGGGCCGUGGUGACGAACGUGAACGCCUGAGUCAGGAAGUGGAACGCCAGAUGUUGGCUAACAAACAGAAGGAGGAAGAAGAAGCGAGAAAGAAACAAGAAGAAUUUGAACAAAAGGUAGCCGCCAAACGAACCACCGAUGAAGCGGCCAUGAGUGCCAAAGAACGUUACUUGGCGCGCAAAAAGCAAAAGAUGGAAGAGACCAAAGGCGUUUCCUCAUAA